AUGGCUUCGAAAAAAUUAAGCGGAUCUGCGAACCGUAAACGAAAACUUCGAUGGGAGGAAGAAGAAAAUAAAUCUGCAAAAUCGCUUGCUGCUUUCUUUAAGCCGCAAAGUGAUUGUAACUCUAACUUCUCACAAAAUGUUACUACAAACCUAACAUCUGAAAUAAAUAAAGAAAAUUCCAUUCACGAAUGUAGUACAGCAUCAAAUGCCGAAAUGCAUAUUAUCUCUGAUAAUUUAGAUUCUCAAGAGUCGAAUUUAAAAAUUGUGGUAGAGGAACCAGUUGCUUCGUCUUCUUCAGGUUUGGUAGAAUUACUAGGAAAAUAUGACGUCACUAUGCAUGAGCAUUUUCGACGCAUUUCAUCCCAAGAAACUCAUGUUCAUUAUUGCAGUAACACUAUUCAAAAUGAAAUUAUCACUUUGAUGGGAUCAAAUGUUAAAAACACAAUAUUAGAUCGUGCCAGGCAAGCAAAAUACUACAGUAUAAUAGAUUGUACUCCUGAUUUGAGUCACACAGAACAACUUUCUGUUACAAUACGAUUUGUCGAUGUAUCCAGUGAUGUGUCCCCCAAAGAACAUUUCAUUACUUUUCGAGCAGUUCAUGAAUCGUCUGCUUCUGUUGGAAGGUGGAAAAUAUUAACUGAUACUGUGCCAGCUUUUACAGUACCACUUUGUACAACCCGGUGGGAGAGUCGUAUCGAGUGUUUAAAGCCGUUGCGCUACCAAGUUAUUGAAAUACAUGAUGCUCUGCUAACAUUAAGUGAACACGGUUCCUCUGAUCCUGCAAUUAAGCAUGAAGCGCAAACCCUCGCGUCACAAUUAUGCGAUUACAAUUUCCUUGUUAUGCUCGUUAUCUGGUAUGAUAUUUUGUUUCGUAUCAAUAUUGUGAGUAAAUCUAUGCAAUCAAAUACAAUGGACCUCGGAUCCGCCGUUUCGCUCAUGGAAUCUUAUGCCGAAUAUAUAGAAAAUUAUCGACUUAAUGGAUUUGCUAAAGCGUUAGUAGAUGCAAAGGAACUUGCUAAAAGUUUAGAUGUAGAUCCCAUAUUUGUGCAGAAACGAGUAAAUCGAAAAAAACGCAUGUUUAAUUACGAACAUAGUGAUGAAACCAUGUCUGAUCCUCAAAAUCUUUUUAAAACAAAGAUUUUUUACGUUAUAUUAGAUACUGCAAUAACAUCACUCAAAGAAAGAUUUAAACAACUCAAGGAAUUCCAAGAUACUUGA